CAGUUGUUCUCCGCCUCUGCGUGGCCUUCAACGUGGACGUGAAGAAUUCGCUGACCUUCAGCGGCCCCGUGGAGGACCUGUUCGGCUACACUGUGCAGCAGUACGAAAACGAGGAAGGCAAAUGGGUGCUCAUCGGCUCUCCGCUGGUUGGCCAGCCCAAGAACAGGACGGGCGACGUCUACAAGUGUCCCGUGGGGAGGGGAGAGGCACUGCCCUGCGUAAAGCUGGAUCUACCAGUCAACACAUCGAUUCCCAACGUCACGGAGGUGAAGGAGAACAUGACCUUCGGAGCCACGUUGGUCACCAACCCGAAGGGGGGGUUCCUGGCGUGCGGGCCCCUCUACGCCUACCGAUGCGGCCACCUGCACUACACGACCGGCAUCUGCUCUGACGUCAGCCCCUCGUUCCAGGUGGUGAACUCCAUCGCCCCUGUGCAAGAGUGCGGCACGCAGCUGGACAUCGUCAUCGUGCUGGACGGUUCCAACAGCAUCUACCCCUGGGACAGCGUCACCGCCUUCCUCAACAACCUGCUGGAGCGCAUGGACAUCGGCCCCAAGCAGACGCAGGUGCGGCGGGGCGGGUGCACCCACACACACGUGUCAGCACACAUGACACACACAUGUCCCCAGAAAGACGGAGGCGGAAGAUGGUGAGCUAGCCUCAGCCCU